CUCGCAUGUGCUCUUCCGAUCAGCAGUUUGAGCUUUAAACGAAUGAACGAAAUUCAUCUGCAGCCUGAAGACUCACUUCAGCACACGGAACAAGAAUAAAGGAAUCACCCACUUUUGUAUUUGAGAGGACUCGCACAACUUUCAAAAAAUGAUUUUCGACAAGCUGAAAAAGUUUGACAUCGUCUUCGACUCUCCGGAGUUGGACUGUCCUCCGGUGUUCAGCAGCGGCGACGUCGUGUCCGGACGGGUGUUGCUGGAACUAUCCGGGGAGAGCAAGGUGGACUCCCUGAAGCUCCAUGCCGAAGGUUUCGCUAAAGUGCACUGGACCGAGUCCCGGUCCGCAGGCUCCAGCACCGCGUACACCCAGAACUACAGCGACGAGGUGGAGUACCUGAACCGGAGAGAGGUGCUCCUGCAGGCAGAUAAUGGUGAAGUGACUGUCCUUCCUGCUGGCAGACAUGAAUUCCCAUUCAGCUUCCAGCUACCAGAGGAGACACUGGUCACCUCCUUUGAGGGGAAACAUGGCAGCAUCCGAUACUGGGUCAAAGUUAAGCUACACAGGCCAUGGGCCACCGUCAGGAAGCUCAAGAAGGAGUUUACAGUCAUCGAGCCCAUUGACAUCAACACACCAGCCUUACUGGCACCACAGGCUGGAACGAAGGAUAAGAUGGCACGGACAUGGUAUCGCAACUUUGGACAGGUGUGUGUAACAGCAAAGAUUGACCGCAAAGGCUACACACCAGGUGAGGUGAUACCUGUCUUUGCGGAGUUUGACAACUCUACCUCCAGAUCAAUUGUGCCCAAAGCCUACAUCACUCAGACACAGACGUUCAUCGCCCGCGGCACCAUGAAACAGAAGCGCUCAGUGGUGGCCACACUGUGCGGUGACAUUGUGGGUGCCAGAUGCCGGGAGACUUGGCACGGUCGUGCCAUUAAAAUCCCACCUGUGGGCCCCUCCAUCCUGCAGUGCCGUAUCAUCAAAGUGGAGUAUAUGCUCAAGGUUUGUGUUGACGUUCCUGGAACAUCAAAGCUGUGUCUGGAGCUGCCCCUGGUCAUAGGCACCAUCCCUCUCCAUCCCUUCGGCAGCCGCACCUCCAGCGUCAGCAGCCAGUACAGCGUCAACCUGGAGUGGCUGCGUAUGGCCAUCCCUGAGCAGCCUGAGCCUCCUCCAGAUUACAGCUCUGUGGUGACAGAGGAGGAGGCUGAGCAUUGCACCAGCACGGUGGUCCCACAGCCAGCUGAGGACCUGAGUGGGAUCCUGGAGCGCCCCCUCAUGGCUUUUGUCCAAGAGUUUCGCUUCCGACCUCCGCCGGUGUACAGUGAGAUUGACCCCAACCCUCAGUCCUGCAACAUGAGACCUCGCUGCAUGACGUGUUGAACCAACGAGUCUUACCUGAGAGUCAAGCGACUAAAAUGAAUGAAAUGAAUCAAGAGAUUUGUCUUCUCCUGGAUUACUUCUCUCUGAUAAAUGGCACCUGGUCCCACCAAGUGUUGUGGACGGGGACUGGAGCGCCACAGAGAGGUCAGGAUAGGAGAAGGAGCUCACAGGAACUGGGUGUCAGUAGAGGAGCUGCCACUUCAUUUCCAGUCCAUAAAGUGGACGCUUUCCUAUUCUGUUGAAAGGGGAGCAACUUCUCUACAUCAGUUCCUGUCCUCCCCAAGUGAUUUUUGGCUCAUGAUGAUGUGAGCUGCAAAUACCUCCCAAUCAACGAUUCCUUCACAUGAAGAGAUUUUUGAGAUUUAAGGAGUUUGGGACAUACUCGGGGGGAGGGGGGGAGGGGGUCACUUGAUAUUUGUCAGUUGGAGAGUUGGAGUUGCAACUAACAUUCAGAUGUUUGGAAAAAAACUCCUGAUAAGUGCAAUUGUUGUCUUCAGUUUCCAACUCCCCUUUGCCUGGCAACACAGUAGACUUUAACAACCUACAUUGCUAUGCAUUGUGUGACUCAACAGCAGUGUGCCUGUUAUGAUUUCUACUGUUACUUAAGCACAUACUGUCUCUGAAUAUGUGACGGUGGCGCAGAUAAGUCAAAUAAGUAUGUGUAGAUGUAUUUUAUGCAUGCAGGUAACUAUGUAAAAGGGAAAAAUAUGUAUGCCUUAAUUAUCUGCAGUGGGAGAUUGCAUGAGAGUUUCAGGGAGUUAUUCUCUCAUAGAGUUGAAUAGAAGUGAAUGUAUUCGGAAAGAACGUAGAACAAAAACGGUUGGAUUGUAUGUGGAUGAAUUCCAAGAGAAGUGUUGUGUUAAACUGAAGUGUCAGAUAGCUGUGGUUGUUGAUUUUAGCAGCAGUUAUUAAAUAGGAUGAGCAGUUUGUGUAUAAAGCUGCACAAGGCUCAUAGAUUAGCUCUUCCAGCUGCUAAACAAAAGGAGGAGGAGGAGAUGGAGACCCCUGAGCCAUGUGGUCUGAAGCUUUUGAUGGGAGCCAGAUGCCUCAGUGCUGUGGGGUGCUUUACAAAGCUCAACCAGAGCACACAGCUCAGCUUUCAAGCUGGAGAUACCACUGAAAUGUAUGGACAAAGAACAUUCCACAAACUAACUCGAGGAUUAUGUUUUAUCCUCAACUUCCAAAAAACUGGUCUUCAGGGUCAGCUGUGCAACUUCCGUGGCACACACUGAAAAACCAAUUUUAUUUUUAUACAAAUGCAAUUGUUGAUUCACAAUAUCGCCAAAGUUUCGUAUUAGUUUUUUUUAUAAUAAAAAAUAAGUUUAAAUGGA